GCAGCUGUAGCACCAUCCAUGAUGCUCUUGGAAAACGUGAAGAGGCAUCUGACGCGUCCUGUGUGGAUUAAUGCCGAUAUUCUUCCUGGUCCAAAUGGAAAUAGCAGAGUAGUGGAUGCAAAACCUUUUAUAGACACUGUGACAUCUUUCUUUCCAGAUGUGACAUUUUCCCUGGGUUGGACAACAGGAUGGCAUCCUGAGAAAGUCAACGAAGGUUACAGUUGGACAAUGGUAAAAGAGAUGGAAUAUAUAUGUAGUGAACUGAAUCAGCCUGUAACAUUUCCUGUCAGAGCAGCAUUAAUCAGGCAGUCUUGUUCUCAGUUACUCUGGCUGUUACAGAAAUCAAACAGGUACAGCCUGACUGUUUGGACUGGAAAAAAUGAUAACUAUUCCAUUGAAGAUUUACUUUGUAUUAGAGAUCAUUUCGACAGAAAGCAAGUUUUCUAUGACAUCUUGGAACCACAAAAUCAUGAAUUUAAACAAGCCAUUGGACUCAAAAGUUAAUCUCUAAGAGGAUUCUUCUAAAUUAUUUUGUGUUUUGGUUUUGUAAUCCUUCUCCGCUUUGGUCUAAAUUAAUUAUCUUAUAAAUUAUGAUGAUUGAUUUGUGCUCUAAUUCAUCCAAUCAAAAAUACUUAUUGACUAUAUGCCUAAUACUUACCGUAUUAGACAUAUGUUCUUAUAAUACUUAUCUAAAAGAUUUGGAAAGAAGAAAUUUCAAUAGGCCUAGUCUAAUAGUAAUUUAGGAAAAUGAUAAUUUAAUACCCUUUAUAAAAAGUAAUUUUGAUAUACUGAAGAUAAAUGAAGGAAUCCAUGUGUCAUAAAACAGGUAUAAAUCACAUUUUUUUGGCACUUGCUUUCCAGAGAUUCCACAGAAACAUGGCACCCUCUUUCCUUUUCCUGAAGAACUGGUUAUUUCAGAGACUACAAAAGAAUAAGAAGGCUUAAAAUUUUUUUUAACUUUCACAGGCGUGAACAAGCUUUCUCAUAACAAAAUCAAAUCCUUUUACUGAAAACAUUAUAGAUUUAAUCAGAUGGAUGUAGAAUUUCCAUAUUGUUGGGAGCAUACGACAGCUGUGUGUAUUUUUGUAUUCUUUGUUUCAAUCAUAGUAUCUUCUCUAUAGUGAACAAAAUAGUAUUGGAGAGGAGAAUUUUAAUCCUGGAAACUUAUAAUUUGAUUUUCAAGUUUCUCGUAAGUACCACCUUAGUUCAGGCCUUGUUCUCCUACUAGAGUUUAAAGAACUAGUUCUUCAUGACUUCAUUCUUCACACUCUACUCAGAGAUACCCUGAGUAUUUCGCUGAAGAAAAAGCUUAAAAACACCUCUUCAUUUAUGCCAAAUCAAAAACCUCCAGGGGUUUCCUAAAUUCUACUUCAUUGAUUUUCUCUCUUUUAAGGCCCUAUAUCCUCAUAAUGUAGUCCCACUCUGAAAGUCAGCUUAUUGUCCUCCAACACAGUCCUUCAUUUCAAAAAUGCAUGCAUCAGUGGUCUCUAGAUUUUACUUUAACAGUUAAUUUUAACUAUUUAAUACUGUUCACUGAUUGUAUAAUACAUGUUAGUUAUGUCUCCUCAGCUAGAUCAUAAAGUAAGCCAUGGUAAGGAGCAUUCUUUUUUAAAGAUUUUUAUUGGGGAAGGGGAACAGUGUGUUUUUUCAGGACCCAUCAGCUCCAAGUCAAGU